AUGGCUAUUACAGGAAGAGAUAUAGAUCGAAUCAAAGGUCCAUGGAGCCCCGAGGAAGACGAAAAGCUCCAGCGCCUCGUCGAGAAGCACGGCCCGCGGAACUGGUCGCUGAUCAGCAAGUCGAUCCCAGGCCGAUCGGGGAAAUCCUGCCGACUCCGGUGGUGCAAUCAGCUCUCGCCGCAGGUCGAGCACCGCGCCUUCACCGCGGAGGAGGACGAGACGAUCGUCCGCGCGCACGCUCGGUUCGGGAACAAGUGGGCGACGAUCGCCCGCCUCCUCCAGGGCCGCACCGACAACGCCAUCAAGAACCACUGGAACUCCACGCUCAAGAGGAAGUGCUCCUCCUCUUCCUCCGCGUCGGACGGCGGGGAGGGAGGGUACGAUGGUAAUUUGGGGGAUUGCUGCCAGCCGUUGAAGAGGUCGAUGAGUGCGGGAUCCGGUGCGCCCGUCUUCACUGGAGUUAGCAUGAACCCCGGGAGUCCAUCUGGAUCUGACGUCAGCGACUAUUCCAGCGUGCCAACUGCGCCUCCUGUUUUAUCCGCCGCUCCUGCCCCGCACGUGUUCAGGCCCGUGCCGAGAACCGGCGGGGUGGUCCCACCGGCCGAAGCUACGGCCACCGCUGCGACGGCGUCGUGUAGCAGCAGAAACGAAGACCCGCCCACUUCCUUGUGUCUGUCCCUCCCGGGGACCGAUUUUUCCUCCGACGCCGCCUCGACCCCUCGAGUUCCCGAGCCAACUCACAAUCACCAUCAGGCCGCUACUACUGCCAUGGCACUGUUGCCGCCGAUGAUACCUCCGGCGCCGAUCACCGUUCCGGCAUCGGCGAAUAAUCUAGUGGAGCCGUCCGGGUCAGGGAUUGUGGGUUUCGGCUCGGAGUUCAUGGCGGUGAUGCAGGAGAUGAUAAAGAGGGAGGUCAGGACAUAUAUGAUGGAGCAGAGGCAGAUUGGUGGUGGUGGUGGCGGCGUCGGCAGCGGUGGUGGUGGGGGUGUUGGAAUGUGUUUCCAGGCGGCGGCAGGCAGUGGGUUCAGGAGUGUUACAGCGGCGGUGAAUAGGGUUGGGGUGGGUAAAAUUGAGUAG